AUGGAGGACAUUAACUCCAACGUGAACGCGGACGCGGAGGUGCGGAAGCUGCAGGAGCUGGUGAAGAAGCUGGAGAAGCAGAACGAGCAGCUCCGCAGCCGCUCCGGGGCCCCCGCCAGCCCCAAGCGCCUCCCCAGCGGCAGCGGUGCCGCCACCCCUUCCCCGCGGGGGGACCUGCCGCUGGGACUGGAGAGCCGCUGCCUUAGUCCCAGGGCCGGGGCCCGUCAGCCGCCCGCCGAGGAGACGCGAGGCGGGUCGGCGGCCGCAGCGGCCGGGGAAGGGGGCAGCUUCCUGGACGAAGUGGAGCCUCUGAGGCCCGACGAGCUGGAGCGCUUGGCCAGCUGCGAGGAGGACGAGACAGGCUGGUUAUAUACGUCACCAAAGAAGAAACUGACUCCAGUGCAGAAAUCUGUUAGUCCAUUAGUUUGGUGCAGGCAGGUACUCGAUUAUCCAAGUCCUGAUAUUGAAUGUGCUAAAAAAUCACUGAUCCACAGGCUUGAACAGAUAAUGUCAGUCCUCAAGAGACCGAGUUUGUACAGUAAUCCUUUCAGUGCGGUCAGUUACACAAGCCCUUAUAGUCCAAAUGCUAGCAGCCCCUACAGCAGUGGUUUCAACUCGCCUUCCUCAACACCAGUGAAACCCCCUUUAGUGAAACAGCUCGUAUUUCCUGGUAGCUCAGGUCAUUUUAAAAGUUCAGCAGAUAGAAAUCCUUCACUAAGCCCACAGUCCUCUAUAGACAGUGAAUUAAGUGCUUCAGAAAUGGAUGAAGACUCUAUUGGAUCAAAUUACAAGCUAACUAAUGUCUCAGAUGUGCAAAUUCUAGCUCGGAUGCAGGAGGAAAGUCUCCGGCAGGAGUAUGCAGCCACUACUUCUCGACGUAGUUCUGGUUCCUCUUGCAAUUCUACAAGACGAGGUACGUUUAGUGAUCAGGAACUUGAUGCACAGAGCUUAGAGGAUGAAGAAGACAGUACACAUCAUGCAGUGCAUCCGGCUGUUAACAAGUUCUCACCAUCGCCACGCAACUCACCAUGGCCCUCACCAAAGCAGUCUCCCAGGAAUUCUCCUCGUUCUCGAUCACCUGCUCGAGGUCUGGAAUAUAACAGAGUGUCACCCCAGCCUAUGAUUAGCCGCUUACAGCAACCUCGUCUUUCGCUUCAAGGCCAUCCUACGGAUUUACAGACUAGCAAUGUCAAAAGUGAAGAAAAACUAAGGCGUAGUCUUCCAAACCUGUCCAGGACAUCUAACAUCCAUGCUGAGUCUGUGAAAAACAGCAGAAGUGAUUCAAAUUUUCAAGUGCCAAAUGGAGGAAUACCUCGCAUUCAACCUCAGGCUUCAGCCAUACCUUCUCCAAGUAAAUUCCGGCCCCCUGCAGCACCAUCACCUCUGGCUCUCCGACAGCCACUGAAAGCAUUUAGUAACCAUGGACCUGGUUCUGCUGCUGCUCCUCCAGAAGCUACACAACUGACACACAGCAGUUCUUCACCAGGACCUCUUGCAGCUCAGAAUUCAGGCUCUCCAAGCCCUGCCAGCAGUAUCAACAGUACUACUCUUACCAGACCGGCAGGGACAACGGGGGUGAGGAGUGGCUUGCCCAGACCUAGUGCCCCUUCUGCUGGGGGCAUACCAGUGCCUCGCAGCAAACUUGCACAGCCUGUUCGCAGAUCAUUACCGGCUCCUAAAAGCUAUGGCAACAUAAAAGACGAGAGUUGGAAAGAUGGCUGCUACUGA